AAAAAACUUUCGAGCAUUUUCCCGUUCGGAAAACCGGCUAGUUUUGAAUUAGGAAUGAGAGCAUGUUCAAAAACACAUAUUUAUUUUGAUCAUCUCAGUUUUUCGUUACGGUUACAGCCUCCUCAAGGCUGUUGACUAAAAGGAGAGGAUCAAAUAGGAAAUCUAAUUUCCUCAUCAUAAUCGAAUCUUGUCAAUAAAUAGUCGAAUCGUAGCAAAUAAAAGAUAAUAAGAAGUUGGUGACAGGGAGGAAGUGCCCACAGCGCCCGGAAAGUGACCACUACUCGGACUUGAGAAAGUCAACAACUACUUGCAGCCAUCCCUCGAGUCUGGACGUGGACAAUAUUGCUGGCAACAAGUCGGAGAAACCCUGCUGUACACGCGAACGAAGAAAGCAGCAGCAAAUAAUAAUGGGGAAAGCAUCCAAGGCAAAAACCGCAGCAGCAGCGAAGAACGUGACAAAGCCGGCUUCUGAAAAGAAAGAGAAUCCAGAAAGUGAUUCCAUUUCAAUUUCAAAGGACGACUCGAACAAGAACAACUUCAAAUGUGGUGUUCACGAUUGUCCCGUCCCCGCCGUGUCGAGAUGCGGCGGCUGCCAGAAAGUCGGCUAUUGUUCGAAAGAGCAUCAAAAGUUGCACUGGAAGGAUCACAAGGGGGACUGUUGUGGGUGGAAGGUGUCGGAAAAUAAGCGGCUGGGUCGAUUCCUCAUCGCCGUGAGGGAUGUCAAGCCGGGAGAAAUUAUUAUGCAAGAAAAACCUCUGAUUAUCACCCCUCCGAAAAUCACCCUUCCGGUCUGUCUCGGUUGUUACAGUGAAUUCAAGCCGGAUGGAGUGGUGACGGAUGACGGUAAAGGCGUCAAACCGCACGCUUGCCAGAAUGGAUGCGGCUUUCCCAUGUGCAAAUCUCCACUUUGUUGCAACUCCCAGGAUCAUAAGGCCGAGUGCGCCUUGGCCAAAUCGAGGGGAAAGGUUACGAUUAAAUAUGCCGACGGUGAACAUCCGCUCUAUCAACUGAUCGGAAUCUUGCGAGCGCUCGGACUCAAAGAUAAGAAUCCUGACGUCUUCGAGAAACUGGUGAAUCUCGAAGCAAAUGUGGAAAAACGGGAGGAAUUCGUUAAAGCCAUGGAGGCCGAGGAAGGUGGUGGCGGGGACCUGGUGGCAGUUCCACGAGUAACAGCACCGAACUCAAGCCGGCAGCAGGUGUGA